CAGCUGCGCUCAACAUUUCACCAAGAUGAGAAACAGUUGGCUACACUGCAAUCCAUGUCUGCAUUUUCCGCCGCGAACGAGCACUGAGCGAGCAGAGGUGGCAUCAACUUGUCAGCCUCGUAUGGAACAGGGAGGGCAUGUCGCGGUUGAAUAAACUCGUAAUCCGUCGAGGUUGCUUUGGUGGUCGCACUGAGUUGAACUGAAAAAAAAACAAUAAAAAAAACGGUAGCUCGCGACUUUUCGCACUCUCUGCCGCUCAUCCGACCCGAAUAAGCUGCAAGAUCAUCCGCGUCGGCCCUGGAGACCGAGAGAAAUCCAGCAGCGCAAGGCUAUCCGGGCAGGUUGCAGCGUCAGUAAGAGAAAAGAGAAACAAGCCGCAAGUCCAACGCCGAGUCGUCCACGCUACCAUGGAGAUGAAGCGCGUGGUGGCGCGCUUCAUGGUGCACAAGGUGGGGAGCUUCGUGGUCAAGGAGCGUGUGUUGUGCUUUGGCGAGUAUUCCUUCUCCACUGUGGAUCGCGAGAAUCAACAGGUGACCAACACUUGGCCCUAUGAGGACGUGGACAGCGCCAACGUGCUGGAAGGAGAGACAGACUUUGUCAUCCACACGCCACGCCACCGUAUCAAGAAGACCGUGUACCGCUGCCACUUCCGCAUGGAGGUGCUCGUGUGUCUGAUGCGGCUACGUAGUCAGCACUACGCCAAGAUGCCAGACGCGCCUCAGCCUCCUCCUGCUGAGCUACAGACGCUGACGUUUCAGAGUCUCAAGUACCACAAGAGCGGCAUACACUCCGCGUGUGUCGUAGAGAUCCGUCCGGACGGUAUUUACCAGCGAGAUACAGAGGGCGAUGUCAUGAGCCACAUCCCGUACACGAGUCUCGUGUCCAUUGACCUCAUUUGCGACGAUCAUGAGGCUAUUGGCUUAAAUCACUCGGACAAUUCCAGUUUAUUCAUUGUUCCAAAGCGGACUGAGCUCGCUCAAGCUAUCAACAGAGUCAUGAAGGCGUACGGAAUGCAGAUCAAUGAAUACCGUAAGAAAACAAUGGAAGCGGCGCUGAAAGAUGACGGGAAGGCAUCAUUGACCACUAGUGUGUCGUUUGAGUAUCAAGUUUUAAAGGUAUCGCAGUCGAACGAGUCCUCUGCAGCCCCACGGACUCUGUCUGUAUCGGAGAAGUUCAUUACGGAGUAUGCAGACGCCAAGACGGUGAUUUCCAGCCGUCCUUUGGCCAGAAUUUACACGUUGAUCAUGUAUCAAGACACGUUACAAGCCUUUGAAGUCGUGUAUGUGGACGGCGUCAAGCGCAAGUAUUAUUCCGCUCAACGUGAAAAGAUUGUAUGCGAGUUAUUGGCUUCUUGUCACGCGCUGGGGAACUUUCAGGUGGGAGUGGAGAUGAUGGAGAUUGCGGACUCAGUGCGCAUGAUACCGCGCAAGAUCAUCCUGCAAGAAGGCAACAAGAUUGCGAAUACUGUGCCCAAUGUGAACGUGAUGGAUCGUGAGCUCCGAGUCGCACAGGCGAAUGUCUUGCAGUUACUUGCAGUGCAUGGCUAUCGCAAGACGGCGCGUACUCAGCGUCAACUGCCUCGUGGUCUCGACGAAGAAAUGCAUUCGUUGGCUUUGGAGCUUAAUGCCAAUACACCGACGUCCGGUGUGAUUGCUCAGCCGAAUAAGCCGUUCGAUAAGGUGGUUUAUGUCCUGGCACGAGAGCUACAUGACAUUGUUGGUCGGCACGGCGCGACGCACGACUUUGUGAGCACGUAUCUUCAGUCGCUGUAUCGCUUGACACUUGCACCGCCUGCUAUUAACGAGUUCAUGAAGAUUCUGACAGAGGUACAGUGUUCUCUGUCUCGAUAGCUUGCUGGGAUGAUAGACUUUAACUUCCUUGGUUUUUUUUUUGCUGUUAUUAAAGCGUGGGGAAGAAUACAUUGGCACAAUCUCGAAGGUUUUGAUGAGCAAGAACUCGGUUGCUAUCUACUGGAUGUUCAUGGUUCUGAGCCGGCUGAUGGAGUCAAAAGCGCACAAGCUUCAAUGUCGGCAACUGUUGUUGUCUAGCAGUGUCUUCAUGAUGACGCUUCUUUCAUUGCUGGACGAAGAUACCCUCGUAGGUUCACGAAUUGAUCACUGCUCCUGUUAUUAAACUAACGUGCGCAUUAUGUGUUUUGUGUAGACGGGUGCGUUCUUGUCUGACCUACCGACGAUGAAACUGUGUCAGUUUAUUCUGCUCCUGGUGAAGGCGAACGUCGAGAAGCAGCGGAAACUCUCGGAAACUUUGUAUCAACACCUGGCGACGAAGUAUCGCAUGAUGCUACGGAUUCUCUUCAGCUUUCCCGACUUAGCUACAGUGGAGGCCUGCGUGGGUAUUCUCAGCAGAAUGACGAAAAACCCAGCAUUCCUGCACUUUGGCAACAUGGGAUCCCCAUUACGGUCCAACGAUGGGAAAAUUCCAAGACAAUCUCUCAGUUUUGGAGAGACACUGAACUUUGGUCCAGGCAGUCAGCGUGGAGCGCUAUUGGAUAUACGAUCUCGACCGCCCCUGUACUCUUCCAGAAGAAACAACUACGCAUCAAGCCGAAACAACACGUUAUCGUCAUCGGAGUCAAAUUCUAGUGGUGCAUCUGGUCUCCCAGCGAACGUGGUGGUCGUUCAGAACCCGGAAGUGCUACUGAGGCAGUAUCGUCAGUUCCUCGAAGCAGCUUGUGGAUCCUUGAAGAUGGGAAUCGAUCAGUACGACGACCCAGUUUUCUUGCGGCUCCGGUACCGAUGCCGCAAUGUUUUCUUGCAGGAACUUAUGAGCCAUUUGGUGGGUAAUUUUGAGGAGUUCAAGCGCGUGUACAGUGUGGAUUGCUGCCAGUUUAGCGGUUUCAUCGGCACGGAUGAUGGGCAACGCGAAAAGACCAAAUUUUACCUGACCCCGCGAGCGCUGAUUGCUGUUCGAAUCCUGACCAAGCAUACGCAUGAGUUCGAGUUCCGCACAAUCGACGAGAUCACUCAAGCAACGGCGAUUCCAGAUGCGUUCAUACUCACGUUAAAGAGCAAACUCAAGUUCAUUUACUCGGAUCAAAGCAGCGAAAUCGUGGAGAAAAUGAAAGCUUUGGCUGGAGUUAUUGGAAUCCAUCUUCGCUUCAAGACACGGGAUAAACUUCCAAAGCAGCAAGUGGAAAAGCCACUGGAUCAAUCCGCUUUCCAGUCAAACGACUUAUUUGAUGUCCAGAGACGAACUGGCCGGCAUGGAUCUACUCAUUUACGAAAGAAGAAGCUCUGUUUCGUUGACGGAACGAUUGAAGAGUUCACUAACUGUUCGAAGAAGAUAUAUGAGCUGAAGAAUCUGCGUCGAGUCGUGGUUCCUGGGCUAGAAAGCGAUGAAACACAGGCCGUGGUGGCGUUGGAAUUCGCCGACAGCAGUCGCGUGGCGUAUGUGCCGUAUGACAUGGAAAAGUUCCUGGCGGCGCUGUAUGAUGGCUAUCGAUAUGUCGAAAAUUAUAAUGUUUCGCUAAGCCGAGAGUUCCCCAACUUGAAUCCGAGAAUGUCUCCUAGAGCACUGUUGAAGGACGAGCACGAGCGCUUUCUCUAUCUUAACCAUGAUGGACUCUAUAUUCCAGCUCAUGCAGUUCUGGAGAAGGAGAUUGAAAUGAUGAGUGUGGAAGGAGCGAGUAUCACGUCUGCGACGAACAAGGUCGCAUUUGCUCUCGACAGCUUGAAUAUGAAUGUGGAGAUUGAAGAUUUUUCGGGGAAGUCCAUGCGUGGUCGCUUGGAGAAGUUGUCUUUCAGUUCUUUGAUUCGAGGGAUACACAACUUGCUUGAGCAUUCGUGCAAACCACCAAUCCGUGCGAACGAAAUUUGUGUGAUUCUGGAAACGUUUUGCCGAAUCAAUGAUGGUUGUUAUCGAAUAUCGAUGGAACAGUCUAACGGCGGGGCAAUGGUAAUGGUUCCAAUUCUGGCUCAGAUAUUGGUCUCUGGCGAUCCGAUUGCAACCGUGUGGGCUGUAAAUGGUCUCCACUCACUGAUCGCUGACAAGUCGCGGUCAAAUUCGCAUCGAGCAGCUGAAAAGGCGAUUCGCUUUCAAGUGUUUGAGCAUACAAAGCUCAUUUCUCUUUUGACUGGCCUUCUGGAGCAACGCAAUCCGAUCUCCACGCUGGUUAUGCUGCAGCUGGUUCUGGAUGUUCUGGUUGUUUCUCGUCAUAGCACCGAUAACAACCACUUUGAUGCUAUCGUGAAAGAUCUUGGAGGAAAGUAUACAUUGUUGCUGGAGCUGGCGGCUCAAAACGUGAACGCAGGCUUGGCUGCUGCUAUUAUUUGCUUGUUGAAAGUGAUUGUUGACCAUGGAGAUCAUAAAAUACGACGGCGAAUCUGCGACUAUGCGUUAGAUUCAGGGCUUACUCUUAGGCAUCUGCACAAGGCGUUCUUCCACCCGUCCGACAACGCGAAGGAGACGUAUCAAUAUAUUGCCAGCAUCUGGGUGACUCAUCACAAGGCAUCUCAUGAAAUGCUGGUGAGGAUUCUUCCUCAUGGGUUUAUUCGGAUGAUUUCCAGCCCGAUGGUGCGCAAACUGUUAAAGAAACAGCGAGCGCGACAGACCGAGUCUGUGCGACGGAAGACCAAGCAUCAAUUGCAGAGCCAAGUUGACGGAUCCGAGUGGUUUAUUCGCCGCAUGCAGCUCCAGAUCGGAACUCUAUUUGCUAGUGGUUCAGUCAAAGAAGCUCGAGUCAAGGAGGACUCGUCGCGCAUGAAUUAUCCCGGAGAAUCAUCGACGGACAUGGCGUUACUGUCGAGCAUGGUGACCAAGGAUUUCAUGCUUCCCGACUUGCUUUGGAACGAAGCAACUCGAAACGAACUGAAAGCAGCUCUCACGUCUGCGAUCGAAGACUUUGAUCAGUUCAAAGCUAACCAAGCAGCUGCGUUGUCGUUGCUUGUUUCUAGAAAAGAAAACGUGGUACCUAAGUGGAACCACGCGCAGUUCUCGAUGCGGUACGAAAGUAUCGCUCAAGAGCUACAAGUUGACCGGUUUUACCUACGUGUGAUUACGGAGAGGAUAAACGAUGGAUCAUUGCAACUGGCUGAAGUUGCCAAAAUUGUUCGUGCGAUGGAAGCUGGAACACAUCGAGGUAAACUGAAGAACUCGAGCAGCCUCUUCUUUGCCAGUAUGGAUAUCGCCAAAGAUCCUGCCAAGUUCUUCAGUGAAGUGUAUCAGUGCUGGUUGGAGCAUCUUCAUCUGAACAAUAUUCCGUUAUCUGGAACAAACGAUUGGUCUGCAAGUGGGAGCAACGGGUUUCCUCAGUUCACUGGCGCUACAGGCAGCGAACAGCACGGUCAUUCCAUGCUAAAGAUCCUGAUCGAGCUAGCUAACGUUUUCCCUGAAGCCCGCCCACUUACGAAACAUCGGGCUCGAUUUCUCACCGAGUUAUUGCGAAAUUCAUAUCUGGCGAGCGAGAUCCAGGAUAUCGUGGAGUUAAUGUCUGGAUUAAGUUUGUCUGGAGACGCCUGCGCCGAGUUGUGUACGAAGAACCACAUCCAAGUGUUGUUGUACAUGUCGUUGCUGUCGCACAGGUGCCAGACUGCACCAAUUGGAAGCGACAUGACCAAUGACAACGGCGAAAUACCAAUGAUGGAAUCAUUUAUAAUGUCGGAGGGCAACGACACGUCCUCCGUUCCGAUAGCAGAGCUUUCUUUGUACGAGGAAUCACGGUAUGCGCUUAGAUGGACCAUUAAACUCAAGACGGUGGGGAACGCUGACGAAGGCAGCGUGAUUAAAGGCCCCAUAUCAGCGAACGAACUAAAGGAAUAUCUGGACGCUGACCCUUUCAUCCGACAUCGCCAGAUCGACGCGCUGUAUGUUUGCUGCUGCUCUACGCAUGACAGCGACGAACAUGUAUGGAAAUCGAUGUUUGAGUAUCCCGAAUUGCGAUGGAUGGAGCUAACUGACGAGCCAAUUGACACAAGCUGUGCGACGUUCGCCUUGAAGUCCCUGAGGAACUUUAUGGUGAAAGACCAGCGCAAAGCAUCUGUGAUCAACAAACAAUUGUGGCCUCCCCCUUUGGUGAAUACUGUUGUCGCUAACACGUCCUCAAUAGCCUUAUUAGUUCAGCUGCUUCUCGUGAAUGUCUCGAGCGUGCGGAGAUACGUCUGUGAGAUGCUGAUGUCUCUGGGCGACGAGGAGCUGCAAGAAGUGUACAAAUAUGGCGCGUUUUACUUCAUUCUGUCUUCAGUGGCGAAUCCUAGAGGAGAUAAUAACGUACCGGCCUUCGUUCCGGAGGCGGCGCUACUAAAACGGAUCCAUCGAAUCCAGCGAUCAUCGGAGCGAUAUGUGGGGCAGAGUUACUUGACGGACAUGCUGCCUGAAUCGCUCAUUGGGGUAUUGGACUCGGAGAGUCCUGAGAAUUUCGCCGACGUAUAUACCGGUCGUAAGCGUGACAAGCGUGUUCUAUGGUCAUCAGCGAUGAGGUUACAUUUACAAGAGAUGCUGGAUGAGCACCUGCAUGAGUUCAAGGAAAACUUGAAGAUGAGCGUCACUACCAAAUACGACUACACUCCGAUACCUCCAAUCUCUUACCUGGAGUUGUCUGGCGAUGUCUACUGCAGUGGCUUCUACCUGUCGACGUUUAACCAGUCGAAUUCGGAUGCCGAAGAAGUGGAUGAUCCUGUGUUUAUGAUGAAGAGUAUUGAAGAGAAGUGGCGAUACUUGGCACGACGUCAAGCGGAUGGUGUGGUGGACGAUAUGGAUCAUUCAAACGCAUACAAACUCUUUGGCUGGAGCGAGGAUAUUACGUUUUCAUCGUCAGAUUUGCGUUCGCGUUAUCGGGAAUUGUGCAGACAGGAACUCGAAGUUACUGCAGUUCGCCAAGCGUUUGAUUCAUUAUGUGCUGCUCUCGAACGCAAGAAUGAGGCUGUUGGUGGGAAGACAUCAGAUGUUAUCGAGCGUAUCUUGAAGUCGCAACUGCAGUUGCUGGAUAAGUACGGCUUCCAGUUUUUCUCCUACGAGUCGUCGACACUUGAUCUUCUCAUCCGCGUGCUGUCGUCUCGAUCGGCGAAAGAGUCGAAAUUCCGGACCCUUGCGAUGGAAGUUUUGCAGCGUUUGCUCUCCGUUGCACCCCAGAAUGGUCCACUUCUGGUUAAGAUCGAUGACAGUUGGGACGUCAUUCUUGACUUGGUGGAAAGUUGUGCAUACGGACACGACGUGGCAGCGAAGGAGAGCAUGUUUUCCAUUCUUAAAUUGCUCUUAACUUCCGAAGAAGGGGUGCAGUCGCUACUAGAGGGAAGUAAAUUCACGUCCUCCAACGAUGUACGAGUGUCGAAGUUCGAUUUCAGCACCUUUGGGGACGAUGACAACACGUCGUUCUUUACUGCGACGGAGUACACAUCUCAAAACGGAGCGGGUAGAUCCAGACACGCCCAGCGCGUGUAUUCGCUGCUAGAUGAUGUCAUUCUUUCGUUCGAGAACAUCCAACCGUGGCAUAUCCAAAAAAUGUCGUUUGAAAUCGCGUCUUCACUUUGUCGAAGUCACGAGCUGCAAGAACACAUCAUGGCUUCCACGCGGGUGUUUUGGAAAGGUCUCUAUUUGAUCCUGGCAUCCGCUGAGAGUUUUGAUACAGACCAGGAGAGUACGACUGCGUUGGCGAAACAGGAGCGUGAUAUGUUGGAGAGCGCAUUCGGAGCUCUUCGAUCGCUCGCUUUGGGACCGGAUGGCAAUAGUCGAUCAGCUGGACUCGAAGCUUUAGCUAAUCUCCUACCGAUGGAUUUUUUGGACCGCCUUGAGAAGCCAAAUGGACAUGACUUCUGUACUAUUUUGCUGUCGGAUAUUCGUGAGCCGACCUGCAUUUGGAACGAAACCACGCGAGCGGAACUCUCUCAACUUACGGAAGAAUUUUGCACGGAUCCUAAUGGUGACGGGGUGUCGUUUUUGGAGAGUGCUACUCACUACAUGUACGAUUGCCUCAGCUCCGAGCCGUAUGUUGGCGGCAUCUAUCUGCUGAUAUUGUUGGAGAAGUCAGAGGAAGGUCUACAAACCAUCACAGAGGAUACGUUGUACCCCACGACGGCGGUUGAUUUCGUGGAGUCUCUCUUUUGUUUCCUGAAUGAAAACAGAGACCCCAAGCUCGGCAUUUACUCAGAUACAAUGCCAGCUUUGGAUUGCUUGAGUCUUCUUUGCGACUUGCCUGCCUUCCGACCGGCUAUUGUAGAGUGUCUGGAGCAACAUGUUGAUGACGAGGAUGCAGUGAACGCUUCGAUUUCGGUGGCAACGCUCGGUAGAUAUCUACUGCCAUUUGAUGGCGAUGGUAAAGCCAAAGCCGCAGUAUCAAUAUCGUCACGUCGGUCGCUGUCUACAUAUGGGUUUAAAGCCAAGACUGAGUCCGACGACGGCCCUACUGCGAUGGAGACGGAGUUUGGAAAUGUGGAUUACUUGGCUCGACAAGAAAUGGCGCUGCUGAUCCUGAACAAAAUCUGCGGGUUUGAGUGCAAUUUGGAGCGGAUGCUGGCUCCUUUCUGCCAGUUCACUUGGUGUCUUCAGGUUAUUACGGAUCAUCUCGGAUAUGAGCAAGCAUAUUACGCGCUAUCCUGCUUGGCUGAGCUGUGUGACACCUGUCUAGUAGUCGCCCAGUACGUGCAAGACAGUGGACUGUGGGUUGAGAUCUUGGGCAUCGCGCUUCAAUCGAGACAGCACGUUCUGCAUGAACAUUUUCUCCGUGCUGAAGCACUACGAGAGCCUGCGUUUGAAGUGCUGUACGCGUUGCUGAUGAAAGACUUGGAACUGCGUGAAAAGAUGUACAGCGGACUAUGUCGAUUCCUUCCGUACCCGAUCGUGUACCAGAUUCAUUUGGAUCCAAACAAAGCCACCCGAUUCUUUGAUGACAACCACGACAAGAACGAUUUGAUCUGGAAUUCUCACCGACGAACGGAAGUGCGUAAGAAACUCGAUGAGGUGAUUGUUCGGAAUCGAAUGGAGCGUUCAGUUGCCAAGCGAGAUUCUGUUUUACUUGACGACGAGACGGAUUAUAUUCCACUCCCGCACAACUUCGUGGCAGGUCUAUACAUUGAUCGGUUCUUGUCUCGUCCAGACCCGGAGAAGCUGACAAACCCAGCGUACAAUUUGGAGUUGCUGUUUCAGUUGUGGAGAACUCAACUGGAUCAACUGUUGAGUUAUAAUCUGCAAAAUCCACCUGACAACCUCAAGUCAGUGGCCGAUGAAAUCGACAAAUACACUAUGGCAAUGACCCAUAUCUUGAGAGCGUCGCUGGAUAUAGACGAAAGCAUCGCUAACAACCGCAUUCCGGAGCAGAUUGUCAAGCUGGUACGUCACUGUAAUCAGCACUUGAUCACGAGCUUCCCGUACCGUUGCGUGUUGCGAAUCGCUCGACGGUUAGUGCAGUUCCCCGAGAUCACCUCGAAAGAAUUCGUGGAGAUGCUUACUUGUCGUAUCACCAUGCAACACCCGGAUAUUCCAUCUUUAAUGAAGGUGCUUCGUCGAGUUUUAGAGGCGCGCAAUGCUGCUUUGACAGAGAACGAGACGAAAGAUGAUCCCGAGUACUGGUUGAAAGACCUCAAGUAUUAUCCGCAGAUGUUGGCGUUCUUGGAAGGGCUGGUCGAGAACAAGGAGCAGAUCGAUACUUCUCUUCUUUCCAACGUGAACCGCGUACUACGUAUCAUCCACGCGGAAGAACCCAAGGAAACACACUUGAAACAGAUCUCUCGCAGCUUUAUGGGACGCUGGCACAACUUCACACUGGAAAGCAGACCAUCCAUGCUACGUAACUCGAUCAAGACGGGGUCAAAACCGCCAGUGACGGCGAGUACAAAUAUCAAGUCUACGAAUCCCAACAUGAGUACGCGAAGUUUCGAUGUGGACGGAGCAAGAGCAGACAUUGAAACUAAUCGAAGCUUCAACGUGGAUGUCGAGAGAGAGCCGUCCAUCCGAGUCGAUAUCAAGGGGGUACCUGACGACCGUGAGAUUGACAUCGACGCCACUUUCAUCCAAGCACCACCGAAGAGUAUCAACUUCACUGGCGGCGCUGUCGAGUUGACAGAAGCCGUAGCUCCUCGCAGUUUCCGAUACAAGGGCGAAGUCGCGCGUGAUUCUCCGUUGCCAUCGCCCACGUCGGUCCGCUACUCGACGCUAGGAGCUCGAUACGAGCCGAUCGACUCGCAGUAUCACUCCAAGAAGGCAGCCGAGUAUGACGAACAUGAAGAUGAUGAGGAUAUCUUCGCUACUCGACCACGUCGUGGAAGUUUACCACUAAAACCGGACGAUGUGGACGUGAAGAAGAUUAAAGGUAAUGGCAUCGCUCCCACUGCUGUAGGCGACAUCCCUAUGAGCAACAUCAACGUCAGCAACUUCAUCUCUCAAGCGCCAACCACUCGAAGACGCGACCAAUCGGAGAUUCCGUCAGAUGCCACGUCGUAUUUGAGUCGACAGAGUGGAAUGAGUGGUAUCAACUCGGAGCGACGCUAUUCUUUGCUGGAUUCCUGGAAGGCUCCGUCAUCUGCAGCGCCAAAUUCAUCACUGACGUCGCUCACCAUCUCUCGUCGAGGCCGUCGCGCUGCGGCGGUGUAUAGUCGUCAUAAGUCCAAGAAGAAGAGAUGGUUCAACAGAUAGUUGAAGUGCAUAGAUUUAAUUUUUACAUUUUUCUCUAAAUUUCAAAAUUAUUUGUUGAAGUUGACAA